CUCUUUGUUUGUUUCUUUGAAUCCAAACAAAAAUUCAUUCCCAUUAGCAUAUUCUCCUCUCCUUUAAUUUUAGACCCACCAUUGCUUUGAGGAUACCUUGAAGCAUUUAUUGCGCUUUGUUCUAGUAAAGAUUUUGAGAAACCUGAUCUGGGUCUGCUUCAUUUUUGGAAGAAAUGGUGAAUUUGGGAUUGCUUUCUGGAACCAAAUCUGUGAAAUCACCGAGGGUAAACUUUAGGAUACCGUAUUAUACUCACUGGGGUCAGAGCCUGAUUGUUUGCGGCUCUGAGCCUGUGCUUGGUUCAUGGAAUGUGAAGAAGGGCUUUUUACUGAGGCCUGUUCAUGAAGGUGAUCAGCUCAUAUGGUGUGGAAAUAUUGCAGUUCCAAGCGGGUUUUCUUGUGAGUACAGUUAUUAUGUUGUGGAUGAUGAGAGAAAUGUACUGAGAUGGGAGAUGGGAAAGAAACGUAAACUGUUGUUGCCCGAGGGUAUUAAGGAUGGGGAAGUAGUUCAGCUUCAUGAUCUUUGGCAGACUGGUGGUGAUGCUCUCCCUUUCAGAAGUGCCUUCAAAAAUGUCAUCUUUCGCCAAAGCUUGAGUUUGAACAUUGAGAGACCUGAAGGGCUCAUACAUGAUAAGUUAGAUGGGGAAGAUUCGAUCCUUGUGCAUUUCAAAAUUUGCUGUCCUAAUGUAGAAGAAGACACUUCAGUAUAUGUGAUUGGUAGCACUUCAAAGUUAGGGCAGUGGAAGAUUGAGGGUGGACUCAAACUUAGUUAUGCUGGUGAAUCAAUCUGGGAAACAGAUUGUGUAAUGCAAAGGGGUGACCUUCCCUUUAAAUAUAAGUAUUGUAAAUAUGGAAAAACAGGAAGCAUUUCUUUGGAAACUGGUCCCCACCGGGAACUGUCCGUUGACUCCUCUAACAAUCAGCCAAGAUACAUCUUCCUUUCAGAUGGCAUGAUGCGGGAAAUGCCUUGGAGGGGUGCCGGUGUUGCAGUCCCCGUGUUCUCUAUUAGGUCAGAAGCCGAUCUUGGUGUUGGAGAGUUUCUUGACCUGAAAUUACUUGUUGAUUGGUCGGUGGCGUCUGGGUUCCAUUUAGUUCAACUUCUACCAAUCAAUGAUACAUCUGUGCAUAAGAUGUGGUGGGAUUCAUAUCCCUACAGCUCACUUUCUGUAUUUGCGUUGCAUCCUUUGUACCUGAGAGUAGAAGCACUUUCUCAAAACAUGCCAGAGGAUCUCAAGAAAGAAAUUGAGAAAGCAAAAGUGCAGCUAGAUUUAAAGGAUGUUGAUUAUGAGGCUACUCUGGCUACUAAACUUUCAAUUGCCAAGAAAAUUUUUGACCGAGAGAAGGAUUUAAUACUUAAAUCCGAUUCCUUUCAGAAUUUUUACUCCGAGAAUGAGGAUUGGCUAAAACCCUAUGCGGCUUUCUGUUUCUUACGGGACUUUUUUGAAACAUCAGACCACAGUCAAUGGGGUCGCUUUUCUCAUUAUUCGAAUGACAAGCUUGAAAAACUUGUCUUGAAAGACAGCUUUCACUACGACAUAAUAUGCUUCAACUAUUAUGUCCAGUACCAUUUACAUUUACAGCUAUCAGAAGCUGCAGAAUAUUCAAGAAAGAAAGGAGUUAUUUUGAAGGGAGACCUACCUAUUGGUGUUGACAGAAAUAGUGUGGACACCUGGGUCUAUCCAAAUUUGUUCCGUAUGAACACUUCUACCGGAGCCCCUCCUGAUUAUUUUGAUAAAAAUGGCCAGAACUGGGGAUUUCCUACUUAUAACUGGGAGGAAAUGUCAAAAGACAACUAUGGUUGGUGGCGUGCUCGAUUAUCACAGAUGGCAAAGUACUUUACAGCUUACAGGAUUGAUCAUAUAUUGGGUUUCUUUAGAAUCUGGGAGCUUCCAGAGCAUGCUAUGACAGGUCUACUUGGAAAAUUUCGGCCAUCUAUCCCUCUGAGUCAGGAAGAACUAGAACGAGAGGGAAUAUGGGACUUUGAUCGCUUGACCCGUCCGUAUGUUAAACAGGAGUUAUUGCAGGAAAAAUUUGGAUCUUCUUGGACUUAUAUUGCUGCAAAUUUUCUACAAGAGUUUCAGAAGGGCCGUUAUGAGUUCACUGAGGAGUGCAACACGGAGAAAAAAAUUGCUGCCAAGUUGAAGUCAUGUGCAGAGAAAUCUAUAUUGUUGGAGAGCGAAGAUAAGAUACGUCGUGAUCUCUUUGAUCUUCUAAAGAAUAUAGUUCUUAUCAGAGAUCCGGAGGAUGCAAGGAAAUUCUAUCCUCGAUUCAAUCUAGAGGACACUUCAAGUUUUUCAGAUUUGGAUGAUCGCAGCAAAAAUGUUCUGAAAAGAUUGUACUAUGACUACUAUUUUCAUCGGCAAGAAAAUCUUUGGCGACAGAAUGCCUUGAAGACAUUACCUGCCCUCCUGAACUCAUCAGAUAUGAUGGCCUGUGGGGAAGAUCUGGGACUUAUUCCUUCCUGUGUUCAUCCUGUUAUGCAAGAAUUGGGGUUAAUAGGUUUACGCAUUCAACGGAUGCCCAGUGAACCUGGACUAGAGUUUGGUAUUCCUUCUCAAUAUAACUACAUGACAGUGUGUGCUCCAUCUUGCCAUGAUUGCUCUACCCUUCGUGCCUGGUGGGAAGAAGACGAGGAAAGAAGACAUCGAUUUUUCAAGAAUGUAGUUGGUUCUGACGCAUUACCACCUAGUAAUUGUGUACCAGAAGUCACACAUUUCAUCAUAAGGCAACAUGUUGAAUCUCCAUCAAUGUGGGCAAUUUUCCCUCUUCAGGAUUUGUUAGCAUUGAAAGAAGAGUACACAUCACGCCCUGCAGAAGAGGAGACAAUCAAUGACCCAACAAAUCCAAAACACUAUUGGAGAUUCCGUGUACAUGUCACACUGGAGUCAUUGCUGAAGGAUAAAGAACUGAAAAUGACCAUUAAAGAUCUUGUCCGUGGUAGUGGAAGAUCACACCCUCGAGUGGAUCAAGCAACAGCAGCCAUUACUUCGGAUAAGCAACAGAUUGCCAAGGUCCAGGAAAAGAACCCAACAGUAAAGCCUCUAAAUGGAGUUCCGCGGAAGGAGACUGUAGCUGUCUUGUAAGUUUGGUAAUGUUGUGUAGAUGAAUUAUAUUCUGCCGGAGCGAACCUGAAAGAAUAAUGAAGAACCUGGUAGAUAGAGGUAACUAUGUCGCGCACUUUACAUGAUAGUGUUGUCAGAUUAGCAGCUCCAUCCGAUAAUGUAAUAUUUUGUUGGUAAGAUAUUUGAUGAUGGGCGUGGCAUAAUGCUGAUGCUAAUAAAACUUGGUAUCGCUAAGUUCAUCCUUUCUGCUUGUAUAUUGAAACAAACAUAAUAAAUAGUGAUACAAGUGCUCUGUUAUUACAACA